GUUAUUACAAUGGAAAGAUUUGAACACCUUGGUUUUCUCAUCCAAUUUGAGAAGGGAUGUGAUGUGAUUCCUUUAAGGCAAGCAGCCCCAUUUUUCUCAAAUUCAGAUUCAGAUAUGCCUGCUGCGCCUGUCUCAGCUGCUCAAGUUCAUGACUGGAUUUCACAAAUCAUCAAUGAUUCAUUAGAGCAUAAUGCUGAGAAGGCGAUGGCCAAGGAAAAUGGCCCUUCCAGUGCAUUGGAUGUUGAUGUGACCAUGGCUGAUGCAACUCCGUGCCAUUUUAGAAACCAAACUAGCAACUCAAAAACUGGGAUUUCAAUGCAAAGCUAUCCUGGGAAUUCUAGAACUCAGACAUUUGUGGAAGGCAUCUCUAAAGCUUCGUUAGUUAAGCAACCAUGUGAUAUUAAAGGACAUUCUGUUAAGAUUUUGAAUUGCCAUGAUUCAGUGAUAUAUUUACUAGCGCCCAUGAAAUACGCUAUUGUUAAUGGCUGCUCUGAUGCAACUCUUGUUCUUGGUGCGAUUGGUAAGGAUGUAAGAGUGGAGCACUGUGAAAGGGUACAGCUGAUUGCUGCUGCUAAACGCAUUUGUAUUGCAAACUGCCGGGAAUGUAUAUUUUAUUUGGGAGUUAAUCAGAGACCGCUUUUUCUUGGAGAUAAUCACAAACUACAAGUGGCACCAUUCAAUACCUAUUACCCACAGCUUGAAGAACACUUAGCUUAUGCUGGUGUUGAUGCAGCUAUUAAUAAGUGGGAUGAACCUGUGGUCCUGGGUAUGGUUGAUCCUCAUGACUCGCUAUCUCAUCCGGCUGGAGUAUCUGAUGUUCAAGCUGAAUCCGCAGCAUACCUUGAUCCUGAACAAUUUACAAACUUUUGGAUUCCCAACUGGUUUGGAGAUUUACCAUCACAUUUAACCAGAUGUAAUCCUUUUCCUUUACCUGAAAUUUAUAUGGCAUCCCAGAGAAAUAAGGUUUUACUACUUGCUGACAUCCAAAAAGCUUUGAGGGACUUGCAAAUUGAUGAGGACAGGAGACGGGAGCUAGCAUCUGCUCUUCAUACACAUUUCAAAGAUUGGUUAUAUGGUAACGUUUCCUUGUUUUCUACUUUAGCGCACAUAUGCAAAAUUUUGUUAUAAAAAAUCUGUAAUAUG